CGGGCUGGACCGAGCGGGGCCUCUCGGGGCCUGCAGCCGGGGUUCAGCCAGAAGGGGCGCCGGGCGUACCGAGGUAGCGGGGAGAAGCGGGUCGUGCUUUAACGGCGCUGCGCAGACGCCACUCACGGUCCGGACGUGACGUAGGGAGAGUUCCGGCUUCGGCCUCCGCCGCUGCCGCUGCCGCCGCCGCCGCCGCCCCCGCCGCUGUCGCCGCGGUUUGUUAUUCCUAAAAUGGCGCCGCUAGACCUGGACAAGUAUGUGGAGAUAGCGCGGCUGUGCAAGUACCUGCCAGAGAACGACCUGAAGCGACUUUGUGACUAUGUUUGUGACCUCCUCUUAGAAGAGUCAAAUGUUCAGCCAGUAUCAACACCAGUAACAGUGUGUGGAGAUAUACAUGGACAGUUUUAUGACCUUUGUGAACUAUUCAGAACUGGAGGUCAGGUUCCUGACACAAACUACAUAUUUAUGGGUGAUUUUGUAGACAGAGGUUACUAUAGUUUGGAGACCUUCACUUACCUUCUUGCAUUAAAGGCUAAAUGGCCUGAUCGUAUUACACUUUUGCGAGGAAAUCAUGAGAGUAGACAGAUAACACAGGUGUAUGGAUUUUAUGAUGAGUGCCAAACCAAAUAUGGAAACGCUAAUGCCUGGAGAUACUGUACCAAAGUUUUCGACAUGCUCACUGUAGCAGCUUUAAUAGAUGAGCAGAUUUUGUGUGUCCAUGGUGGUUUAUCUCCUGAUAUCAAAACACUGGAUCAAAUUCGAACCAUCGAACGGAAUCAGGAAAUUCCUCAUAAAGGAGCAUUUUGUGAUCUGGUUUGGUCAGAUCCUGAAGAUGUGGAUACUUGGGCUAUCAGUCCCCGAGGAGCGGGUUGGCUUUUUGGAGCAAAGGUCACAAAUGAGUUUGUUCAUAUCAACAACUUAAAACUCAUCUGCAGAGCACAUCAACUAGUGCACGAAGGCUAUAAAUUUAUGUUUGAUGAGAAGCUGGUGACAGUCUGGUCUGCUCCUAAUUACUGCUAUCGUUGUGGAAAUAUUGCUUCGAUCAUGGUCUUCAAAGAUGUAAAUACAAGAGAACCAAAGUUAUUCCGGGCAGUUCCAGAUUCAGAACGUGUUAUUCCUCCCAGAACGACAACGCCGUAUUUCCUUUGAGGCCUUCGCCCAUCCUGCUGACCCAUUUUUCUGCCCUAUUCUUACCCCAAUUUUCUUGUAUUACCCUCUACAAUAUACUUUUUAUUGAGCACUUUGCUGCUGAAAUGCUGCCUCUUGCCUUUUUUUUUUUUAAAUUAUCUAAAUUUAUUGUUUGUUGUGGUGUCUAUAGCAAAGUUUUUCUAUCAAUUUUCCCCCAUCCCAUCCCCACCCUGGACUCAUUUGAAAAGACUUGAGAAAUGUCUUAAUACUCACAGUGCUGCAUGUAGCUCUUGCUUAUUUACUGAUCUGGGAAACAGGAUGUGUUUCCUUUUUUAAAAAGCCAAUUGACAGAUUAUACCUAAAUACUCCUCCUUUUGUAUCAUUCAGCCUUUUGUUUUAGUUUGGUAAAUUUUAAGAAAUUUCAGCAGCAAAGUUGUUAUUCAGUGGGCACGAUGGACUCCAGAUGCCUCAAGUUAUGUAUACCUGUCCCAGAUGUAAACUUCAUUGUCCUUUGUUGGAUGAUAUUUUAAAUGGAUAUAAAAUAAAUUGGUCUAAAGGGCUGCCCUCCUUGUUGUGUUUUUAAAUUUUAGUUAAAAACUGCUACAGCUUAUGACUUUGUACAUUAAGAUAAUUGUAUUGAUCUUUUUUCAGAUUCCUUGUAUUUUUUAAUAAAAUAAUCUUAAAUAAAACUCAGAUAGGUUAAGUGUUAGAAAUUUUAAACAGCUUACAUUGUUAGUGUAAAGUUAUUUCUUUUUUCCUAAUCAGAGUUUUUGACCCUUUGGUUGUUGAGUUUAAAACUUCAAUUGAAAUUCAAUAGUUUUUAUUUAAAAAAAAAUCACUAAACUGUGCCUAAAGAACAUAACUGCCAUAUUAAUGUUUUGGUUUAUAUCCUCUAUAGUAAUAGAAAAACAUUUAAUACUUGUAAUGCUGAUGUGUUAAUUUGAUACCAGUUGAGUAGAAUGUGAUCAAUCCAGUUUACAAUCUAUCAUGAGUAUCAUUAAGUAAAAUCUAUGUACUUUUCAAUAGGAAUAAUUCUCUUGCUGUAAUGUAACACUUGACCUUAACUUUUAGAAAGUGAUUUUUUUAACUGCAACUGGAAAGGUUGAAAAGUCAGGACUCUUGUAUUUGUGAACUGUAAUCUGAAGCAGUUUAUUUAAAGUGUGGAAAAAGAAACAAGUUGUCCUUUUUUGUAAAGGUCUGUGAUACCAUAUUUCAGCUUUGUGAAAGUAAUUUGAAUAUCCAAAGGGUUGUGAUGAUCAGUUCUUAAUAUGCAACUGUCCACUUAAUAAGGACAAAUAUUCCAGUAUCUCUUAUGACUGUAGUCAUAAAUGAUGUUGGAAUGUACCAUUUUGUGAAAUAGUUGGUAUCCCUUUACUAUAAUUAAUUUUUGUCAUUCCAGGAAAUACUCGUGAAGCCAGCCAAUUAAUAAAGCACUUUAGCAUCUGUUCAGGUAGUUUUGAAAACCAACUGUUCCCCUUCAGGAUAAGAACUUCCAGGUUACCUAAAAAUGCAAUAAAAAUCUUUUUAGUCUAAGCUUCUUGGCAUAUAAUUUUUCAUCAGGGUUUUCUUUUAUUAAAUGAGCACAAAAUGUUUUGAUUUUAUUUUUUCCCUUCAAACCACCAAGCUCCUUACAUAGUUUUUAAUUAUGUAGAUAUAUGAAAGAGGUGGCUAAGACUUACUGCACACACUUGAACUAAUGUUGGGUCAGUAGCUUCGUGUUACCGCCCUGACCCCGGUGUAAUUCAGGUGGAAAGGUAUUUUUAUCUUACAGGGAUAUGUAGCUAUGUAUUUUACUAAUUGUGAAACACUGGAAAUUAAUGAUGCAGACAACUUGGUGCAGUCUUUGAACAGCUCUCUGCAGUAUUUUUUUUUACUGUUACCAUAAAUUGUAUUUAAGUGCUUGCUUUCCAGUUAAAUUGUACCAAUAGGACUGGUAACUCCCAGCCCUCCCUUCCUGUUGGACACUCCUUAGCUUGGAUUGAUGUAGUUUUUGUUAUCCCUGUAAUGUGACUUUUAUUUUUAAGUCCUUGUGUACUGCAUUUGUUUGUCACUAGUUGGGCACGUGCCAAUAAUAUUCUCUCCGUUCCUUAACUGCCAUCUCUGUUUUGCCUGAUUUCUCUUCAACUGAAUAAUGGCUUUUUGCAUGGAAAAAAUAGUUUUUACUAUUAGACUUGUAAAGGGAAGAGAGGGCAAAUGUAUUGGACUUUGUGAGCCUGCAAGGAAUAUUUUGGAUGCCUCUAAUAAAUAAGGGCUAUGUACUAUAUAGAGUAAUCAUGUGGUGGAAGAUACUUGCAAGUCAUAGAUUUAUGGGCAGGAGGAUUUGUUACUCCCCGUAUCUAGGCUGAAUGUAAAAUCCCUUAUGUUGUAUCAGUGGGGGUAAGAACUAUUUUUAUUUGCCUAUGAUAUACUUGGUUUCUAAUAAAGUGCCCUAGGCUCUAGUGAGAACUGUCUACUUUGAAUUGCCAUUUACUCCCUUUCCUCAUAUGGCCGAUAUGCUUUUGGCCAGUUUUUUAUAAGUUAAUGUGUUACCCCAGAAAGUUUCACUACUUUAUGUUCAUUUGGGUGUGAUCCCAAAAUGCCCGGAUCAGCAGUAUAUCUCAUGUGCAACCUGCAUCAGCUCCUGUUCUGUCUGGAUGUCUAGAACUGUUGGAAGAUUUUGACGUCUUAAGCCCUAGGUUUUGCUUUGGAAAUACGGUUUGAAAUAUUGUUCAUUGCAUUAAGAUUUGUGUGUGUUUGCUUUGUAAGCCCAGCACCAGGUUUUGGAAAAUGCCUGUAUUGUGAAAGCAAAUCAGGACUCUUUCUGAGCCUCUUUCAUUGUCAGAAAUAGAAUCGGUUUCUAUCAGCUUCCAGGAAAUUCUGUAUCUGGAGUCGAAGAGAUUUAACAGCAAGAAUACAGAUUUUUUAAAUGUAAUUGUUUUUUAAAUGCUAACGUUUGUAAAGCACCUUCAGUUCUUUGGAUGAAAGGUGCUCUAUUCCCUCAGUGUAAAUUAAUAAAAAGAUUCUAGGAGGUUUCUCAAAAAA